AUGGCAUGGAUCGUCUUGAUGUGUUUAUCUAACUGCAAGUGUUCAUUCUAUUUGCUGUCACUCGCCAACUCACUUGUGUUAGUGACGGCUUCGGCAGCGGCGGCGGUGGUCUCGUUAACAAACAAAAGAAAAAUUAUUUAUUUUUGUCCGUUAUAUUCUAUUAAAUGCUGACUGAAUGAGAAAUUUUUGUGGGUUUCUCUUUGGUUAUGCGGCGAAGUGUUUUGUUUGGUUUUCAAUGUUUUCACAAAACCAUGCUAGAAUCGCGCUCACAUCUUACCAAACAGUUUUUCAGUUGAUUUCGGAAAAUCGUCUAAAAAAUAAACCAAAAGUGGCGUGCGCCAAAUAAUAUCAAACAAAGACAAAAAAACAGUACAGAAAAGAAAAUAAUAAAACAAAAAAUGAAAAUGUAAGAAAAAAAAAACAAAAAUAAAUAAUUAAAAUAAUAAAUAUUGUGUUUAUUAAAAACGUAAGAUUCGCGAAAUUUUCACCAUGAACUAGUACGCAGACUAAACCUAAUUGGAAUCGUCCCGUCCACUUCCUCCCUGCCAUGAUAUCUAUGAUUCGUAAUGAUAAUGGAAAUGUGUUGAGUCAAUAAUUAGUAGAGCCAUAUAGUCAUCCCCAAAAAGGAAAGCACCUGGAUAGAUAGCAAAAGAAAACCAAUUUGUUGUCUUUGCUAGAAAGGUAUAGAAUUUCGAAAACCAAUUACCUAGCUAGUGUAGUGAGUGAACAAUUCAGUGAGUGAGUGAUUGAUUGGCGAAACGUCAUAAUGAGACUAGCAAUGCUAUCUAAAUUGUCUUCGUCUUUGUCAUCUACACAAUCAUCAUUAGCAGACCAACCAAGUAUUAUAAACAAAACUUCAAAUUCCAAAUAAUUUAAGUGCAAUUGUUGUUGUUUUUGUUGUUACUAUUAUCGAACAAUACCCAAAACAAAAGGUUUGACAUUUGUUGUCGUUUUGGCUUCGGUGGUUCUUCAAAGGGCAAUACCACAAUGGAUGUUCAACCGCAUCAUCAACACCACUAUCACAUUUCCUUCCGUCGAUCCUUAAAACGUUCGAUUAGCUUUAAUGCAGCUGUGGACACAUGGUCUCGCGGUCUGCUGGGUCGCAUACAGGCCACUCUAAGUGGUCGACAAAAAUCCAACCGCCUCAAACUAUUGGAAUCUUCCGGCCAAGGUGAUCAUCAAUCAUGGGAGGCAAUACGCAGCCAGAGUUCAGCAUUUGCGAUAUUGGGACGUAGACCUCGCAUGGAAGAUCGAUUCAUUUUGGAGGAGAACAUAAAUAAUAAUACGGGCAUUUCAUUUUUUGCCAUUUUCGAUGGACAUGGCGGUGAAUUCGCUGCCGAUUUCGCCAAAGAUAUUUUGGUUAAGAACAUUUACAAUAAGGUCAUUGAGACGACAAAAUUACUGAAUGCCCAGAAAUUGGAACAGAAACAUUUGUCGGCUGCAAAUGCUGCCGAUGUUGAUAAAGACUAUGCGGAAUACGAUGCCAGUCCAUAUUUGAAACGAAAAGCCAGUCGUAAAGAUGGUGGUGAUAAUAAGGAAAAUGAACCUUUUCUUCGACGUCGUGACAGUUUACGAAAAACAACGAGUGUAAAUGAUGACUGCACCAGUCGCAAAUCUACCAAUGAUAAAAAGGAUUCUUCAGAUGUUUUUACCCAGCAACUGAACUCUCUGCUACGUGGUGUGGGCGGUGGUUCCAGUGCGAAGAAUAGCUUUUUCAAUAACAAUAACAAAGACUCAAAUGGCAAUGGUGAAGAUGCAGAGCCGCCACAGCAGUUCGAUGCCAGCUGUUAUUUGGAAAAUGGCAAAAUAAAUUUUGGCAAACUGAUAACAGACGAAGUGCUGGCAGCCGAUCACAAACUAGUGGAGGCCGCUAAGAAAACGACCAACAUAGCCGGUACUACAGCUUUAAUUGCCAUUGUCCAUGGCAGCCGUUUAAUUGUGGCAAAUGUAGGUGACUCUCGUGGAGUAAUGUGUAAUGCUAGAGGCAUAGCCAUACCACUGUCAUUUGAUCAUAAGCCUCAACAGGUUAGAGAACGUAAACGCAUACAUGAUGCCGGCGGUUUUAUUGCAUUCAGAGGAGUAUGGCGCGUAGCUGGUAUUUUGGCCACUUCACGAGCUUUGGGUGAUUACCCAUUAAAAGACAAAAAUCUAGUCAUAGCAAAUCCAGAUAUUCUAACUUUCGAUUUAAAUGACCAUAAACCCUCGUUUCUCAUCUUGGCUUCGGAUGGUUUAUGGGACACAUUCACCAAUGAGGAGGCCUGCUCAUACAUUAAGGACCAUCUACAUGAACCAGAUUACGGAGCUAAGUCAUUGGCAAUGCAAUCUUAUCAACGCGGUUCAGUGGACAAUAUUACUGUGCUUGUGAUAGCCUUUAAGAAUGGCAUAUAUCGUAUAGGAGGUUCGGUAACACAAAACAUUGCAUCGUCAUCAUCAGAAGCAGCAGCAGCUGCUGCUGCAGCGGCAUCAUCGUCGGCAGCGAAUAACAACCUUAAGGAUAAUUCAAAAUCGGCGGCAUCUCUUAUUGCCAGCACCAAUCUGAAUCGUUCAAAUAGUGGUCGAGCUAAAUAGAACUCAUCGAUGGAUGUACUGUUAAAAAGUCUCUUGGCUGGUCAAGUCAUGGCAUUCUUGAGAAGAGCUCACAGAAACAGCUUUAUGUUUUUUUUUUCUUAUUCUGUAUAUAAUAAAAAAAAUACAUAUAAAAAAUCAACAAAAUGAGAAAAGUGCCCAAAGAAAAAUUAAGAGAAAAAUCAAAUAUUUUUUGUAAACGCUGAGCAUUUUUUUUUUAAAUUAAUUUUUGUUUUACAAAAAAUUCAUUGUAUUUUUUCUUAUAUAUUUUAAAUUAGAAACUCUCUCUAUCUCGCUUUGUUAUACAUUAUGCUCAUGUAUGUAUGUAUUUAUGUAUAUGUCAGCAGUUGUAUAUCUCGAAAUCAAACCCGCCUGAUUAUCAUGGGAACAUUCAAAUUUGACUUGUUUGUUCUUUUCUUAUUUUAAUGUAUUUAAGCUAUUGUUGUUUUUUUUUUUCAUUUUAUUUUAUUAUUUUUCGUAGUUUUAUACAAUUGGCCUAUUUGUAAUUACAAUUAUGUUUAUGAUUUGAAGUCACACAACAAACCCCCUGUUGAUUAAAUAUAUUUUUUAUUUAAAAUUCGUAUACGCAUAAUUUAUUUAUUGAAAACGCAAAAAUAAUUUUAGUUAGAUUUUUGUUUCAGUUUUAAAUUGAUUGCAAACUAUCAAAUAAACGAAAAUAUUCUAUUAAAAUAUUAAUAUUAUUACAAAAGAAA